CCGACCUCGGCUGAGGAUACGCGAUCUGGCUAGCUACGCGUGUGUUUGUUUGUAUGCUGACAUCUGUCGCGCCUGGAAGUCUCCGCAAUCCUCUCAUAUCAUCUCGUUCCCCUUCUAGCUCUCCCGCCGCAGCGCAAGUCAACCGCACCAAACCGUGCCCGAUUCAAGCUGAUCGCGCGCACCGAGCAUCCCACCGCCCAGUACCGUACCGCACGCUCGCCAUGCCGCCUCCCGCCACGUACACCAGGUACGAGACGCGCCGCCGCGACCCCGACCCCCGCGCGGCGGCGCUCCUCGUCAUCGACGUGCAGGGCCACUUCGCCUCGCUGGUCGCGCCGGCCAUGCCAGCCAUCGCCUCCACCGUCGAGCUCUGCCGCGCCGCGGGAGUCCCGGUCAUCUACACCCGCCACGUCGACCCCGUGCCGCGCAGCCGCCCGCUCGGCGAGUGGUGGCCCGGCGACCGCAUCGACGCCGGCACGCCCGCGGCCGAGCUGCUCCCCGGCGCGGGCCGAGCCCCCGGGGACCUCGUCGUGGAGAAGAGCACGUACAGCGCCUUCGCCGGCACGGCGCUGGAGGAGGCGCUGCGUGGGAUGGGCGCCGAGGAGGUGAUCGUGGCGGGCGUGAUGACCAACCUAUGCUGCGAGACCACCGCGCGGGACGCCUUCGUGAGGGGGUUCCGGGUGUUCUUCUCCGCCGACGCCACCGCCACGGCGAGCCGGGACCUGCAGGAGGCGACGCUCGCCAACAUGGCAUACGGGUUCGCUUACAUCGCCGACUGCAAGCGGCUGGAGGCGGCGCUGGGGAAGGCCGAGUGAGAAUUGUUAAGACAUGAAGAGGAAUAAAGAGGAACGAAGAUAUUGUGUCGUUUUUUCAAAAACACGAAACAAAGGUAAAAAAAAGAUUGCAGCUGAAGCACAAACUCAAGAACAACCCCCAACUUUAGUUCUAGUUAUGGUUCAAAAGCAAACUCAAGAACAAGAAUCAAUUUCGGUUCAAUUGUGGCUCAAGGAUAAACUCAAGAACAAGAAUCACAUUCGGUUCCGAUUAUGGCUCAAAGGACAACUCAAGAAUAAGAACCACCUUUAUUUUAUGAUGUUAAUUAUCUCAAACAUGAUCUAGAUUUAAGGGUGUCUAUUAUAAGCUAUGAUACAAAUGAUCAAGAUGUAGUUUAUAGGUACAUACCAACCUUAUUCUCGUUAGUACGAAACCAUGU